UUUGGGCGUUAUGUAGCUUAGCAGCAAGAUUCCGCUUAAGGUACUUCCUGUUGACUUCCUUGUAUUUAAUUUCAUCAGUUCAUGCGAUCGGUCGCGGUCUUACAACGUGUCCAUGGGUUAUCCAUGCAAGGAUUUUAUAUAAUCUUACGAGGACGAAUAUAUGUGAAGUAUAUUAAUUUAGAAGACGAUGGCUUUUGCGUUACCGGUGUGGCUCGCUGUCCAGGAAGAGUUCCUUGCAUACGAAGAUGAGCCCGUUAAACCAUACGCGUCUCCCGUUCAUCCAGCCGUGCUACCCAUACAACCAGACGCGCUGUCGAGGACUUUAUUAGACGAACUGGAUGACCAGAGCUUGUUUGAAAGCUUCCACCUUACCAGACCAUGCAUCUCCUUCCUCCUGGACCUCCUCGAACGGCAGAUAGACCGUGUCAGACAACCGGAGCACACAGCUGAAGGCAUGAUCCUGCUCGCCCUGAACUUCUACGCCAUGGGAACUGUGUCGGCUGAUCUCCUGGUCAAAACCGGGGUUCGUAGUUUAGACUCGUCUGGUGUGAUCGCGCUAGUCUCCAAGCAUCUUUCAGACAUGGCGGACCAGUUGAUCGCAUUACCGGAGACCCGCAAGGACCAGGGGGAUCUCGCCGCGGUCAACAAGCGAUCCUGCGGGAUCCCCCGGGUACUGGGAGUUCUCGGCACCGCCCACUUCAGGACCCAGGACCAUAGCGAAGUGUUCCGGUCCCCGCUUUUCCUCAACACGCACGGCUACACGUCGGUGGUUUGCCAGGUGGUGUGCGACCUGGCCGGUUACCUACUGAACGUGGAGCGGUGUCAGAUUGGGAGCAAACCAAACCACGAGCUGUGGAUGUCCUCCUCGAUCAAACUCAAGGACUCCAUAGCCCCGGAGUUCUGGCUCGUCGUCGGGCGGGGCUACGAGCAGAGCCCCAACCUCCUCCCGGCGUUCUCCAAGCCAGUGAACCAGCACCAGGCGAGCUUCAACGCGGCCCAGGGGCGGGCGCGGGCCGUGCUCUCGUGCACGCUGGGCCGCCUGAAGGGGAGGUUCCGGGUUCUGCAGCUGCUGGGCUCCGUGGACGAGCGGCUGGACGGCAAGCAGCGGGUCAUCGAGGCGUGCUGCGUCCUCCACAACCUCGCCAACCAGUUCUCCGUCCCCGCGGCCUCGGGCGCCGCCAGGGACCUCCAGCACCCGGCCAAGACCAGCUGGUAUCCCCAGGAGCGGAUCGGGGUCAACCGGUCGCGGCUGCUGCUGGACCGGCUCCAGCUGCUGGCGGACUUCUCGCCGCCGCCCGGGGGACACGCUGCCAUGGCGACGGAGAGUGAGGAGGAGGACCCUAGUACUACACACUAGGAGGACGCGUGCACACUGACUCACGGACGCACAAGGCCGUGCAGACAGACACUAGGAUUAGGGCUGGGAUAAAAUAUUAUUUUUUAUACGAUCGAUUCGAUUUCGAUUAGAUUAUCUCCCCAUUAAUUGACUAAUAGCAAUUUAUACAUGUUGAUUUACAUAUCUGAAUGAAAAAAACAUGAAUUCUUUAAUAUUGAAAUACAUGUUUAUUGCCAUACAAUUCCAAAAUAAAAGUGCAAAGCCUAAUGCAUUCUUAGAAGUCAGAGGUAGCAUUCAAUAAAACCUUGAAGCCUUGAAAACACAAAGGCCUUCCGUCCAUCUCCAUUUUGCAAAGACGACGUAUCACGGAAUCGUUUCCUUUUACAUUAAAGAAUUCCCAUACUUUAGGGAACGAGUGCGUGGCGCCUUGCACUUAUGAAAGUCUGAGGAGCCACUCGCGUUGAUACUACGCUCCGGCGCCGCUAUCUUUGUUUUGGGUUUUUCGAAUCGACCCGCAUUUUUCGCGUCGACGUCAUCUUCAUCGAUUACGUCGACGCGUUGUCUCAGCCUUUACUAGGAUGUGUCUGAAGAUGUUUUCUACUGAGUUUAUAGUAUAUAGUGUUAUAUAUCGAUUUAUAGGUGUUCAAACUAAACUGAGUCAUGUAGAUCUUGUGGAUAACGGGAAAAGCAUUAAAGGUUUUGUUAAAGUCACAUGUAUUUUUGUUUGAUGAAGCUUGAUAGACUCUUGGAGGAACACAUAGCAUAUUCAAACAGCCUUUAAUCAAGCCAUUGAAAAACUUGAAACAUUGGAGUAUAGAAGAGUUAUAACACAAAAGAUUUAUACACAAUAAGGAUUGUGUACGGAGGAUAAUCAAAAUUGCUGCUGAGGGUGUGAAUCGAAUUCACACCGUUGUUCGGGGAAUCGAACCACAGUUCAGACGCUGGAAAUCUUGUGGGGUAGUUGUUGGAGAGCUGUUGCGUUGGUGUAGGUCAGGUUCUGGUACGUGUGCUCGUCUUCAGCUUCCCGUCCCUGCAUGGCCUCCAGGAGGCAGUGGUGCAGGAACACGUACUGGGACUAACACACAGGUCACAUGGUUUAGUAUUUAUAAAUAGGACCAAUUUAAUAUUCAUUUCUUAAAUAGAAGAUCAAGUUAAACGAUGUGUGACUUUGUCUGAAGAUAAAUACAUCAACGGGAUGCAUAGUCAAAUGAUAAGUGGCUUUUAUCGUCAGUUCAUCAAUGUAGCGAUCAAUAGUUUUACUGACAAUACAUCUGUCUGGAUGAAUAGCUUUAUGGACAUACCUUCGUCUUAAUAAGAUGCAUAAUUAUACUGAAAGUACCUCAGUAAAGAUAAAUAGCUUUAUUGACAGUACCUCCGUUUGAAGAUAAAUCACUAUUGACAGUACCUCCGUUUGAAGAUAAAUAACUUCACUGACAGUACCUCCGUUUGAAGAUAAAUAACUUUAUUGACAGCAGUACCUCGGUCUGCACCAUGAGGGGGCGGGAGAGUCUCAUCUUGUGGACGAACGUCGCCACAUCCACCACCGCCUCCGUCUCCAGCUGCUGCAGCAGCACGUCUAGCGCGACCAGCGUUCCGGUCCGGCCCACACCCGCACUACAGCGACAUGAAGUACACGAUGGUGCAGAUGUGAAUGGCAUCUCCACUGUGUUAAACCACGUUUUAAAAGAUGCACAUGUUCCUUAAGAGGGCCAGAGUUGUGGAAGUGAAUCGACUGUUGUGUUAUUGUUUGUUUUAAGUAAAAAUUUGCUUUUUAUCAACAACAUUGUGCUUCAAGGAAACUCUUUUUCACAACGAUAUGAUACAUCCGUUAUAUAUACCUGCCAUCAGCGUACCUAUUCAUCCCAUGCGUGAACCUAGACACACAUUAUGUACAUUAGGGCUGUGCCGAUUUAUUUAUAAUUGUCUUACCGGCAGUGAUCGACAGUCACCGCAAACAAACUCAAACGACCGUGACAACCACCAUCAAGCCAAGGAUCUACGCAUCAUCUCCUUCCAGUCCUUUCCUGAAAUAAUUUACAUGUGUGCGCUCAUGCUUUGUGAGGGCAUAACUUUGGUAGCACAAAUAUCCACGUUCGUCAUGCGUGAGCGACGCGUUCUGUCAAGUCUGUGAAGCGUGCAAUCGCUGCAGACAGUUGGAGAACCCAACGAUUCGCAGCCCUCUGGCAGAA